AUGUUCCUCAGAUCCUCUAGGAGACUCGUUUCGCCGCGGAGACCCCUUAUAUCACCAUUAUGUAUCCGUCCUACACUCACUUCGAGAACCGUCGUAGUCGAAAGCCAUCGUCAUGAUGUGCCAAAGGACUUGGAACUGUCCUCGACCACCUCACUAUUACGAAGUCUAGCUGUCUAUUCGGCAUUGUCCUUUCCAACCUUUGUGGAUGUCUCUCCGAAGCUGCUAGAUGCGUCACUCCAAAUUCCAAUAGUUGACCAAGUGGCGCUAUCAGUCGUACGGGCAACCUUUUUUCAGCAGUUCGUUGGCGGAGAGACGGUGGAAGAGACGGCGACUGUUAUUCGACAGCUCAGAGAACGCAAUAUCGCGAGUAUGGUUGAUUACAGUGUCGAGGUUAUGGAAGAGUCAGCAGGGGGAAUAGAGCAGUCGGCUAAGGAAGCGCCGUACGUACGAAAUAUAGAGGAGAUGAAAAGGUCAAUUCCUAUUGUUGCGGGAGUAGAGAAUGAACGAGGACUAGACGAUCCGGCCACGCGCAAGACUUGGAUUGCCAUUAAACUGACAGCAUUGUUGCCGUCCGCCACUACACUUCGCAAGUUUUCCAGCCUACUAGUCGCGAAGCAGUCAGAACCACACGCCCCGUUCACACCAGACAUUCUCUACGACUCUUCUAUCUCAUCCUACCUAGAAGAGGGCGAUAUCUCGGCUCUCAAGUCUCUUCAUUCCAGUCUAAAGGAGAUCGGGGAGUUCGCCGUCAAACACCAGGUCCGGAUAUGUGUCGAUGCAGAGCACACUUGGUACGAGCCUGCCAUCGAUGCAUUCGCAACAGACAUGAUGAGGACGUGCAAUCGCGAGUCUCCAAUCACACCCGUCAUAUAUCAAACCUUCCAAGCCUAUCUUCGCAGCACACCACACAGACUCACUUCUGCACUGGCACAUGCAAAAUCAAACGGAUACACGCUAGGCGUCAAACUCGUCCGCGGCGCGUACCACCCACUCGAAGUCGCCAAACACGAAUCAGAUCCGACUAAAUCUGGCCCCCCACCCGUGUGGAGCGAAAAGAACGAGACGGAUGCGUGCUAUAACCAGUGCGCGAAUAUGCUUUUGGACCAACUUUCCGACCGCACAGACGGAAAGCCAAAUUCGUCGCCCGUUGGAAUCCUGUUCGGUACCCACAACCGGAACAGCUGCGACGUGAUUAUUGAUGGUAUCGUCAAGCGUGGUCUUGCUUCUCGAGUCACGGAUGGCGUCGUGACCGUCCCACUCGAUGUGUCAAGUCGAGUCCAAAUUGGUCAGCUAUUUGGUAUGGCUGACGAGCUGACCAACUAUGUGUCGAGUCGACUCGAUUGCCCAAACUCUCCUAUGGUUCUCAAGUGCGUCCCGUAUGGCACAUUGGAGGACGUGAUGCCAUAUCUCAGUAGACGUGCGAUUGAGAACAAGAGCGUUCUUGGGAAUUCGAAUACUACCAUCGAGCGCCAACGGGUUGCUCGAGAGCUUAGAAGAAGGCUGUUCGCCUGA